AACAUUCUUUCAUCGCUUCCGCUUGUGAAAACGAAACUGCAUUGACCUUAUAAACAUAUAAAAUUGUCAUAACUAAGUUAGUAAUUUUACUUAGAUGACUAUAAUUGUGAAAGGAUAAUUCUCAAUGACAAUAUGACGAAUUAGUUCAUCCAUUUUACGCGUCGAACCACCACUAAUUUGUAAUUGCAAGUGUACAGUUAAUCUAAAGUAUGGACGGCCGGCGGGCCAUAGUAAUUGGAAUGAAGCUAGUGUCCUAAUCAGUUCUUCUCAAACUGGUUUCGUUACAUAAGGUCUAAAAUGAUCGACCCUGAAGAAACCCAAUCAAUUUUAGGAGGUGGUGAUGAUGGAACUGAACCCACAGCCAUUGAGGUUGCUCGUAGUUUGCAGAUAGUUAAAGACAACAUUAAUGAUGAGAAGGUUAAAACAGACUUACAAGACAUAAUUUCAAAAAUAGCUCAUGGAUCAGUCCAGGAGAGAAGCUUUAAUAUUUUGACAGAGAAUUUAAGGAGUUUUGUAACCAAUCUUGGAUCUAGUGUGCACUUGUCGUUAGGUCAGACCAGGCAGAUCAUUCAAACCAUUACUGUACUGUGGAAUAAACCCUUUAUUGCCAGGCAUGUGAUAAGAGAGGUUUACAAUGAGGAUAUUGGGGAUGAAACACAAGUGCCCAAUGAUGUUAAAAACAUGGAUGGAAAAAGAAUUGAGAUUUAUUCUAAAGCUCUUAAAGAUGGGAUAGAGGAAAUAAGGAACAUUCGACUGAUGGUUUUGGGUAUGUUUGGUGUGGGUAAAACAUCUCUUGUAAACAAUCUGAUUAAGGACUUUAGAGACAAAAACAUAACACCGCUUAGCACGGAAGGCAUUGACUUGCACAAAUGUCAGCUUAUGGAAAAUGGUGAUUGGUGCUUAGAUAAAGAACAUAAAUUGACCAAAUACCAAUCUAGAUUCAAUAAGGGGUUCAAGGAAAUAGCAAUAUCUCCAUCGUUACAAAAGAGUGUUCGGGAUGAUUUUGAUAUAAAGCCUGUGCAAGGCGCACAUGUUGCUAGUAACAUUCCUGUUAACCAAAGCGAUACGCGGUCGUUGGAAACGAUUGCGAAAAUAGUUAAAGAACAAAUAGAAGAGGACAUUGUUAAAAACGUAUUACCAGUUUUUGAGAAACAAAACGAAAACAUAAGAGAACAGGACGUUAAACAAAUUUCUUCUGAAACAAGAACAACUGUGUCUGUUUGGGAUUUUGCUGGCCAGACGCUCUACUAUUCUACUCAUCAGUUUUUCUUAAAUAAAAGGUCUGUAUAUUUAGUUUUGAUGGAUAUGACAAAAAGUUUAGAUGAUAAUGUGAGAGAAGACGAUGAGGCAAGUGGAAUCUGGUGUGGUUUGAUGAAGGACUGCACGUAUUUGGAAGUCUUCAAGUUCUGGCUAAAUGCAAUCCACUUGUACAGCGAUUUUAGGUCAUCGGAAGAAAACCUGAAGCCAAGUAUUAUUUUAGUUGGCACUCGUAAAGAUGAAAUGGUGGGAAACAACGAUGAAAAAGAAAUAAAAAACGAUACGUAUUUCGAGAACGCACUUCGCAGGGCUUUUGAGGAGGAUUCGCCAAUAUUAAAGCACAUUCAUCCCCGAAAAUUCUUGGUUAAUAAUUUGUCUCCGGAAGAUCCAGUUUUUAAGCAAUUACGAACCGAAAUCCUUGGCUUAGCUGAGACUCAAGAAUAUUGGGGUGAAAAGAGUCCUCUCAAAUGGAUUCCUUUGGAGCAAUCAUUGGAUAAAUUGCGAGAUGAAGGAAAACAGCUUCUUAAAAUGGAAGACGUAGAAAAAGCAAAUCAAUCAAAUGUAGUCCCACUGGGUGGGGAUGAACUAGCCUUGUUUUUGGACAUUCAGCACAGGCAUGGGAACAUACUAUAUUUUAACACUGAUAAACUUAAGAAAUUAAUUGUUCUUGCUCCGCAGUGGAUCAUUCAAGCAUUCAAGUGCUUUAUAACGCAUAUAAUGCAUAAGAACCCAAUCAAUUUGGAUUCUUGGAAAGAUUAUAUAGAUCUUGCUAUUCUUAAACCUGAGGUUUUCAGUGAAAUAAUGGACAAAAGCGAUAAAACUAUAGGUGACAACAGAGUUGAUGUCAUUAAUUAUAUGGAGCAUCUAGAUGUUAUGGCAAAGCCACUAAAAUUAGAAGAAGUCAAAGAAGCAAGAACCAAGGCUACUGAUCACCAAAUUGAUGAAGAUAAAUCGGUUGCAGUUGUACAUGGAAAUACAAAAUAUACCAAAUAUCUUGACUUUCAUAUUGUUCCUUGUCGACUAAAGAAACCACCGCCUCCGAUAUCCCGAUUCACUUCACCCCCCGAAACCAACAGAAAAACGCAAGUCUUAUGCUUUGUUUUUUGUGAAAAAUUUAUGCCUCCGUCGUUCUUCCACAGACUUGUUGCUGUGUGUAUUCGCAAAUGGCCUAUCAGCCAAGAAGACAACAAAAACCAGUUGUACAAUGGGCUUGCUGUGUUUGACCUUCGUCCAGCAUACACUUUGACAAUCUGGUACAAGGACCACAUCAUUUAUGCAAGAAUAUCUUCUUGUUCAAGGAAAAACGUGGCAGACUUUGAAGUUACAUUAUGUGAAGACGUAAGACACACUCUCCGAUUUAGUUUGCGAAAUUUUGUUGGCCACUCAGUAGAAAAUCCUGGGGCUGCUGCUGCAUUUGAUGAGUACAUUCAGUGUCCUUCCAUGCAAGAGUUUUUACACAAUAAGGGCAUGCUGCUAGUGAAAGAUUUCAUGUAUGAAAAUGAAUUAAACUGCAAAUCAUGUCCUAAACGCCAUACAGUGGAAAGAGCAGAGGCUUUGCAAUAUUGGUUCAAAAACGAAUUAGAACAAGCAGACAAGAAUGAUGAUACUUUAAAUAGACCAGUGCAAGACAGUGAUCUAUUGAACGUUGCUAAAUCCGUUAAUGAUGAAUUCUGGAUGCUGGGAAUUGAACUUGGUUUGAAAGAGUUUCAAAUGAACCAGUUAUAUGAUGCCCCAGAAUGCAGAAGAGAUCAUUGUACAUUCGUUUACAAGUAUUUGGUAAAAUGGCGGAAUACCGCUGGAGAGAAAUCAACACUGCAAUUUCUUAAUAGAGCCAUGAAUGCUGCACGACUGUCCUGUUCAAAAAGCCACACGCCUAAAUAAAUACCUGCAUUAAAUGUCUACAGCUCAGUGAAUAUAGAAAUGACGAUUGCAUUGUUUUACGUAACUUACGGUUCGUGAAAUACGUAGUUAAUAGUAUACUAUUGUAAAUGUAUUUUUUCAAGCAUAGUAUUUCUGUUUUUGUGACGAAAUUUCUCAAUUGAUCUUCAACAAAAAUAAUGUCUUGUUGAAUGAUGUGAUUAGUUUAUCCCGUGAAUACUUUAUCUUCAAAGUUAUGAAAUAUUCAGACGGACGACUUACUUAUUAGCACAGGUGUGCGUGUGCGCAAUAACUUUUUAAUUAUUUUUUUCAUAAGAAUAAAUGUAUUUUAAACUUUAAAACUUUUAAAGAAAGAGGCCUUUUUUAUAUCAAUUUUCGAUAAUUACAUUUAAGCACUAUGUUUUUUUUAUAAAAAUAACUUCAUGAUUAAUGCAAAUUGAUUGUAAUUAAUUUUAUUUAGGUUGACACUCGAAUCAUAAAGUUGUUUCCGUUUUCAUGUUACGUUAGACUUCCGCACGUGUGUUUGUUAAUGGUUGAUACCGACAUUAAUGCAUAAUGUUUAAAUGCUUGCUGGGGGUAACAUUUUCAUGUCCGUGGUCGUAAAUGUGAUAAAAUUCGGUCAGUCGGUUUAGUUAUUGGAAAUGAAACGUGCACUAAGUCAUACCGGCAAAACAUCUACAGAUUCAUUUUAGUUCAAUGAGUUUAACUGAAACAGUUUAAGCCAUAAAUGUGUAUGUGCGCGAUGAAAAGGAGAAAACUUGUCUGCUACAAAUACUGUAUUAUUUUAAAUAUAAAAGUACAAGUGUCGGUCAGAUGAGUCCAUCAUAUAACAGAUUUACUACGUCGUUGUCAGAGUGUGUGUUUGCUUCUUGACACGUGAUACCUAUUCAAAAGAAAAUGAUGUGAUCAAAAGAAAACUUCGAUUGUUUUCAUUUCGAAUUUAGUGUUUUAUUUAGUCAAAUUCGAUUGUUGACAAUUUAAUUUUAGUUAAUGUUAUUUGUAAUCGCUUUUAUGUUCAUAUAACUUAAUUACCACUAACAUUGAUACAUUUAAUAGUAAGAAAUAAUUAUUUGAUCGCUUAGUGGUAAAACUGAGUGCGUCAUUAUGAAUAACUUACACAGAAUGUAUGUCCUAAUUUAACGUUUAAAGUCCUAUAUUUACACAAGUGUGUGCAAUUAUACAAUAUUGCGAACAUACCGUUUGCGGGGGAUUGGCAAUUUCCAUAGGCGUCCCCCUCCCUGCCUCUGCCCAAUUAGGGCAGUUGUUAGAUAGUGUAAUACGUAUGUGCUCUUAGUACUGGUUAAUAAGCUGAUCUAUGAGUUGGUUAAUUCACACAAUCCAAUUAAACAAACACACAAUAGUAUGUUGUUUGUAAAUAUUUAGUCAUUAACUGUCCGGUGUGUCUGUAAGCGUAUUUAUUAUGUUACUGAACUAAAACUAAGAUAAUCAUGUCGUUUGUUAUACUCGUAUUGCAUUGAUAAUUAUGUUAAUCUACUUACUGAGAACAUUGUGUUUGUUUCAGAUAUAAGGUAAAUAUCAAAAUAUAAUGUUAAUUAUCAUUAAUGAAAUAUAUAUGUAUAUAUAUAUGAUAUAAAUCAUAGUUACACAAUUGUUUAAGUGAUAAUUUGUUAUGCUGUAUAAAAUAUAUAUAAUGUUUCAUGAUUGCUUUUUUAACGCAUACACGAACUGUCUGUCAGUGAACAAUCUGUGCGACAACCACUAUAUGUUGAAACAAGCAAGUGUGGGUUCCCAUGCGUUUACGAAAAAUACUUUAAAUGAAUAAUUGUUUAAAGAAAACAACUUGAAAAUGUGUAUGUAGAUAUUUUAUUCGUUCCUAAUUGAAUAUACUAUGUACUUGAUGUAAGGGAGAUGUUUGUAAAAAAAAUAUAAUUUCAUGAUUUUAACAAUUAUUUAUAUCAUAAAUGAUAAAGUUAAGAAAAAGUUAAAUGUUUAUGCUGUAAGACUGAUUAUAAGUAUUGUUAUUAUAAUAAUUCUUAGUGAUAUUAUUUAAUGAGUCUUAUUUAUUUUAUCUUAUUUUAUUUCAGCAAGUGUGACUUAGUGUGAUUUUGAUACGCAAAUAAAUAACGGAAUUGGU